AACGGCCCGGGCCCCCCGCUCGUCCCACUCCUCCCCCUCAGCCUCGCGACGUCUCGUCUCCUGCGGCUCUCCCGUUCCCGUUCCACCCCAACCAUUGACGAUUUGACGCCCUGCUCAGGAUCAGGAAAGGAGAGAGCUUUGUUUUCGGCGGUUUCUUCCAAUCCUCGCCAUGCUCAGGAGGUCCCACGGAGGGUUCCGGAUCGGGCGGAAGCUGCUCGGCCUGUGGCGGUGGGCGCUCUGCGGCCGGCGCCGGCGCCGGGGCGGCUACAUCCGCCUGCGGCAGCGUGGCGGCGGCGGCGGCGGCAGCUGCUGCGGGGAGCGCGCGGCCAGGAAACUCGCGCCGGUGCUGCGGUGGGGCCGGUCGCUGGCGCGGCGGCUGAGCCUCGGGUGGAGGGCCGGCGGGCACCGCGCGCUGGACGACGGCGGCGGCGAGCCGGCGGUGACCACGCCCAAGGGGCAGGUGGCCGUGUACGUGGGCGGCGGGGAGGCGUCGCUGCGGUACGUGGUGCCGGUGGUGUACUUCAACCACCCCAUGUUCGGGGAGCUGCUCAGGGAGGCCGAGGAGGAGUUCGGGUUCCACCACCCCGGCGGCAUCACCAUCCCCUGCCCCGCCGCGAGGUUCGAGCAGGCCGCCGCCCUGGCCGCCGCGGGGAAGAAGGGCUUCGGCAGGUGGUAGUAGGAGUAGAAGGGCGUCACGCCGUCACUGCAGCAGCCGGCUUAGGAGGAGGGAGGGAGAGAGAUGCCCCUGGCCGCCGCCGGCAGGCCGGCGGCGGAGGCGGAUGGUGUACAUAUGUGUGUUUCCAUCGGAAAGGGGUUAUCUAGCUGAUUUUGUUCGUUCGAUUCUUGGUCCUGCGAUGGCUGAUGCCUGCUGUUCUUUUGUU